AUGACCUCCGCGGCAGAUAGCGCCCCACUGCGCGUCUCGCAGCGGCGGCCGCUCGCGUGUCGAGAGUGCACCAGGCGCAAGCGCAAAUGUGACAAGCAGAUCCCUUGCUCCCGAUGCCGACGCCUCCACCUUGAAUGCUCAGUGGAAACAGUCCGGCUGCGCCGGGACACUGUGCAACAUGCGUUUGAAAUUCAAUUCUUAGGCUCAAUCUUAGCAGAUCUGGAUUCUGCUUCUGAGAAGCCGCCUCAUGUUGCCCAGAAAAUCCGAGACAGGAUUGAUCAACUGCAGACUGGCACUGGUGAUGCGUCUGAUCAGAUGAACCUUGACUCGGCGCAGGAGGACUUGAGAUCCUCGGAAGGUCUUGAUGAAAAACCCAUACAGCAUCGACUCCUUGACGUGCUCCCGGAGAGUACGGAUCCCCCUAUUCUGACUGCAAUCGAACAUCUUGCCUGGGGUCGAAACUCCGCGGGAUGCUUCCCUCACAGGAGAUGCGCUUGCCAGUAUCGUCGAGACAGCCCGGAGCUUUUGUCGAUGAACGGCGGGCCUUUCCAAAUACAGGGCUCUGCCUUGGAGUCUAUGGUUCAUAUUCCCCCAGUCUCCGAUGCCCAGAAGCUCAUCAGAUUCCAUGUCGGCCAUUUGACAUGGCAUCAUAACUGCUUCCACGGCCCGACCUUCCUCGAGCAAUGCGAGUUAUUCUGGAGAACGGGGAGAUGUGACCAUCCUCUCUGGAUGGCGCUUUAUUUCGCUGUUUUGAGCUGCACCGUCAACUCCAUUCAGAACAGCCGCAAACUAAGAGCGCUCACCGAUGUUGACCUUUACCUUGCGAUGCAGCCCGCUCAGCUACUGUUCUCCGCGAUGAUUCAAACUCUGUACAGCUCACACUUCCUGAACGACCUCUCAAUAUACUCCGUCCAGGCCAUUGUGAUAUCAACAGAGGUUGCUCACAACCUCGGCCUCAGCCAGUUGAAUGCAACUCUAUUCAACGCCGCGGUUCGCAUCGCCGAGUGUCUUGGAAUUCAUAAAAUCAAAGAACACACAACAACCCUGACCCAUACCAAAGACGAGUGGGAAGAGCGCGUCGAGCGAGAAGUCGGCAAACGCGUGUGGUGUCAGAUGGUCAUCCAAGACCACUUCGCCAUUCCUUUCACCGACACAUACAGCAUCUCCCCAAUGCAUUUCUCCACGGGCCGGCCCCUGAAUGCAGAUGAGCGCAAUCUGGUAGAAUUGCCGACAGAAACGCCGACGAUCAGCACCUAUGUCCGAGUGCUUGUGGAACUUGCCGCAUUGAUGCCGGGCCUCGCAGAUGGACUUGGUCCACUCACGAAACGAAAACCCCGUCGAGAGCAAUACGAACAUAUCUUACGGAUCGAUCAGAAGAUGCGAGCGAUCGUCAACAACAUACCCUCAUUUUUGUUACGGUCGGAUAAGGUGAAAGAGGCACAAAUACCGUGGCUCGGUAUCGCCCGACGGAGUCUUGCCAUCACGGCAGCUGAAAAAAUCAUCAUGAUCCACCGACCAUUCCUCUUCCGAUCAUUCCAUGAUACAGCAUAUAGCCAUUCCCGACGUACCUGUGUCGCGGCUGCCAUGACCAUUCUGCGAGAACACGAAGCGAUUGUCGAAGAAGACGAUCUCUCCAUCUGGACGCAUACAGCCUUUGCCAUCACGGCAGCGGUCAUUCUCUGCUUCGAAGGGAAUGCCCUGGUGAAAGAUCCAAACAACGCAAAAGUCGACGUCUACAGAGAAGUGGUAUCCGCCGCUCGCGACCGUCUCGCUUCUCGAAACAGCGACAUACUCGCCCAGCGAGGGGUUGCUCUCAUCGAUGCGAUUUCCAUUGCCGAAGGAUCCGCCUACGGUGCUUCGGAUCUUAACCGGGGCUCGUCAAUCGAUGUCAACAGAGUCUUUGCCAAUUUUUCAACACUAAGCCGGUCGAAUCUGAAUGCUAGUGCGGAGGACAUCAUAUUUGGCAAGAUCCUUGGUGAAAGCCCCGAAGGCCGAACGGGUUCGGCAAUUGAUCCCGAGGAGAUGCAGUUGGCUUGGAACCAAGAAGAAGUUGAUUUUGAUUCUUGGUUCAAUGAGGUUUUCCACAAUUUCCAAGGUCCUCCUUCAUUAUGA